GAUGAGGCGGCGCUGCCGGGCGCCUGGCCGGGCCGGACCGGGCCGGGGUUUGGCCGGGGGCGGAGGCGCUGCCGGGGUUUGGCUGGAGCUGGGAGCGCGCGGGCGGGACCGGGCUGGCAGGAGCAGCCGGCGCCCCGCGUUGCCAUGGUUACGGCUGGGGGCCGACAUGGCGGAGGAGAAGGAGGGAGCCGCAGCGGAAGCCAUAAUAGCAGACAUUCAGAAAAAGAUUACAGAUGCUUUUGAAGUGUUCGACCAUGAAUGCAAUAAAACUGCGGAUGUCAGAGAGAUUGGUACAAUCAUCAGGUCAUUAGGAUGCUGCCCAAGUGAGAGCGAAUUACAUGAUAUGCUUGCAGAGGUAGAAGAAGAAGAACCUACUGGGUAUAUUCGUUUGGAAAAAUUUCUUCCAAUGAUGACAAAAGUAUUAAUGGAAAGAAGAUACCGGCCUAUUCCAGAAGAUGUACUUUUACGUGCCUUUGAGGUUUUAGAUGCGAAUAAAUGCGGACAUCUUACCAAAGAGGAGUUAGUCAAAUAUAUGACUGAAGAAGGUGAACCUUUUACACAGGAAGAAAUGGAGGAGAUGCUGUCUGCUGCUGUAGAUCCUGAAACAAAUACUGUUCGUUACAGAGAUUAUAUUACAAUGAUGGUAGUAGAUGAAAAUUAGGGUUAUUCUGUAGAACUAAUGAACCACUUAGUUACACCAGCGUAAAUUUGGAGUUAGUCUGGAUAUACAGUGGCAUCACAGAAAUCAGAAUCUGACACAGUGUUUGUAAUGCCAAUAAAAUCUUCGUGAAAGCAUUUCCUUGGAUUUUGUAUCUUUGAACACAAGAAACAUUUAAGAUGUCUGAAAAAGGGUUAUUGAAAGAAGUAUUGUAUAGGAGAUGGGAAAGAGGAGAGAUGGAAAGCAUGGAAUUCAGAUGUAUAAGUGAGACACAAAAGAGGACAAAUAAGAAACAAGAAAUGAUUUUAGAAUUACAUUUGAAAAAGUGAGGGGGGAAAUGGGACUGUUGC